AUGGAGACACUCAAGGAUCUCAGGCUUCAUCUUAAAAGAAAUCAGACUCUAUCAGAGUUUAUCGAUUUCCCCUGGAUGCCGAUGAUACCCGAGCGACGUGCAGGUGUAUUGAAAAUCAACAUUCCCCGCCAGAGAUUUGUUCGGGCAGUCAGAAAGACGAUUAUUCUUCUUCGAGCUGGAGGCGUUUUAAAGUCAGUAAAAUUCAACGACGAAUCUUCUGAAGAACGAUUUUCCAAGCUGCUUCGUCAGAGAUCCGAGCUGACGGAAAAGAUGAAGUUGGGAAACGAAGUUUUCAAUCCUGCGCUCUACAAAGUCGGCAAUACUUUGAACAUCCACUCCUCCGUCCGCCGAUACCUGCGCCUCCCCUCCUCUCUCCGCAAGUCCCAAUCCCUUCUGGAAACGAGCGCCCGGGCGAUUGGAAUUUUUCCUCCAAUUUCAAGCUUCAACAUGGAAAUCCAACUUGAAAUCUGCAAAUGUGCGCAUUUGGAGCAUUUCAAUUCUGGCCGAGUUCUUUGUAAAGAAAACAACAGAUCGGAGAAUUAUUACAUUAUUCUUCAAGGAAGAGCAUUGAAGGGCAAGACAGCUAGACUGUUAAAUGGGGACAGACUUCAAGUGACGGGCAGCAUCUCCGCCGGCCAAUGCAUUGGCGACGACGACGACUGCCUCCGCCGAAACAUUCCCCGCCGCGAGACCGUUUUCGUCCAAGAAGCGCUCGACGUGUUAACCCUCUCCCGCGCCGACUACAUGCGAAUUUUCCACAGAAAGCAAGAAAUCUCCCAAGUCCACGAUUUUCUCAAAACGAUUCGUUGUUUGAGAGACUUUCCAGUUGGCAAAUUGACCGAUGAAUCCGUCACCGGAACAUUUUAUCGAAAAGAAAGACUGAUUUCGGACCCGAAUGAGAUGCCGCGAAAAUUGCAUUUUAUUGAAAGUGGACUGGCUAAAGUUGUGAAGAAAGUGGUCAAUAAUGUGUUUAUUUUAGUCAGGGAGUUAAGGAACAGACAACCGUCAACAAUGAAGAUUUUUGCUCUUUUCGCUUCUGCUGCCCUCGCCGCAAAGAAAGAUGAUCUCGACCAGCGACACCAAGACUUUCUCACUGUUUUGAGAGAUGAAGGAUACGAUCGAUUUGCGGACCGAUUCGAUCGAAUCCUUGGAAAAGCCCUUGAUGCUAUUCCAAUGGCAGAAACUUCCGUCGACGGAUGCAGCAAUCUCUGGGCACCAUUUUCCGAGGCUGAUGAUGCUUGGGAUCCAGCAACAGCGACAAAGUGCCAGUACGCUCGAAAAGUAGCUCGAUCGUAUCUUCGAUGGACCAAGAACAACCUCUGUCUUGACAAUCUUGCAAAAGAAGGAAAACAAGAGACGAAGAAAAUCCAAAAGCGAUUUGACUUUGUCAUCGAUUUCAUGUGGAACCGAAAGUUCUGCGCCGAUGAAUCUCCCUGA